AUUUAAUGAAGAUUUCUACCGCUGUUAUUACUGUAGUUGCAGCUUUUGCUUCUUUCACAAACGCCCAUUCAUCAAAGUCUACCACCGAUACUUAUGAUUAUGUCAUUGUUGGUGGUGGUGUAGCUGGUCUUGCAUUAGCAAGUCGUCUUUCCGAUGACAAACGUAUCACUGUCGCCGUCUUGGAAGCAGGUCCUGAUGCUAGCGAAGAGUUUGUGAUCUACGCCCCGGGCAUGUAUGGUCAAGCUGUUGGAUCUGAACUUUGUCCUAUGAUUCCAACUGUUCCCCAAAAAGGUAUGAAUAACAGAAGUCUCUCUGUUGCCACUGGUAAAUUAUUAGGUGGUGGUAGUUCUAUCAACGGUUUAGUUUGGACUCGCGGUGCCCUGAAAGAUUAUGAUGCUUGGGAAGAACUUGGUAACCCUGGGUGGAACGGUGCUGAUAUGUUCAAGUAUUUUAAAAAGGUCGAAGAUUUUCAUCCUCCUACGUCGCAACAAGCUCAUUACGGUGCCACCUAUAAGAAAAAUGUCCAUGGUAAAAAAGGACGUAUCGAUAUCGGUUACCCAGUAUAUGAGUUCUCUCAAUCUGCCAGUUGGAAUUCUUCUCUCGAACAUUUAGAUUUCACUCACCGUCAAGAUUUAAUGGACGGUAGCCUUCAUGGUUAUUCCAUUACACCCAAUACGUUGGACCCUGUUUCUGCUCGUCGUAGUAGUGCUUACACUGGUUACAUAAAGCCUUAUCUUAGCCGUAAGAAUCUCUUUGUCUUGGCCAACCAUACCGCUUCCCGUAUUCAAUUUGCUCCCAAGUCUGGUAACAAGCCUUUACAAGCUGUUGGUGUUGAAUGGUUUACUACCGGCAACAGUACCCACAAGCAAACUAUCAAGGCACGUCGUGAAGUUAUCUUAUCUUCUGGUACUAUUGGUAGUCCCAAGCUUUUGGAAAUCUCUGGUAUCGGUAACAAGGACAUUGUAACGGCCUUUGGUAUUGAAUCUUUGCUUGAUUUACCCGGUGUCGGAACCAACUUGCAAGAUCACGUUCAUGCUGUCGCUGUUUCUACCACCAACAUUACGGGUUACACCACCAAUAGUUUGUUUUCUAACGAGACAUUGUAUGCUGAACAAAAGGAAAUCUACACCAAGUCUAAGACAGGUAUGUGGACUACAACACCCAACAACUUGGGUUACCCCAGCCCUCAACAACUUUUUGAAAACACGACCUUUGUUUCUCCCAAGACUUUCGCUGAUCGUAUUCGUAAAUCAACCGAUGAAUGGGCUCAACAUUACGCUUCUAUCAAUGCUUCUCAUGUUGAUUUAAUCAAGAAACAAUAUGAAAUUGUUGCCAGUCGAUAUGAAGAAAAUUACUUGUCACCUAUUGAAAUUAAUUUCACACCUGGUUACGCAGGUAUGGGAAAGUCAGAUAUUAUUCAUAACAAGUAUCAAACGAUCAAUCAAGUACUUGUGGCUCCCUUAUCUCGUGGUUUUGUCCAUAUCAACUCCUCUGAUAUUGAAGUUCCUUCCAUCAUUGAUCCUCAAUAUUAUUCUCAUCCUAUGGACGUCGAGGUUCAUGUUGCAUCAACCAAGCUCGCUCGUCAACUUUUAGCCGCACCUGGACUUGCUGCUGUCACUAUCGAAGAAGUGGAGCCUGGAACUGAACGCUCUAGUGACGAAGACGUCAAGCAAUGGUUGGUAGAUAAUGUACGUUCUGACUGGCAUGUAAUUGGUACCUGUGCAAUGCUUCCUCGUAAUCUCGGUGGCGUCGUCGAUCCUAACUUAUUGGUCUAUGGUACUGCCAAUUUGAGAGUAGUGGAUGCUUCUAUUAUGCCUUUAGAAGUCUCAUCUCAUUUGAUGCAACCUACUUAUGGUGUUGCUGAAAAGGCUGCCGAUAUUAUCAAGAAGACACUUCAUAAGAGACAUUAGAAUAUUUUUUUUUAAAAAAAAAAUGCAUAGCAUAUUUUUUCACAAGAAC